AUGUCGGACUUCAUCCGUAGAGCAUCUGACGCGUUCCAUCGCCGAACCUCAACCGACUCAACGGAUACCCCUACAUCCCCUGAUCCCCCUAGCGCAGCUCAGCCUCCCGAGCAAGAGCCACAGAAUCGAAUGUCCGAGUCUACUCAGCCUCAAUCUCACGUUAACGAGGCUUUCGCUGGUGUAGCAAAUGAUAAUGUUACGUCUCCGAAGAAGCACCACAUUUGGGGAUGGCCACACCACCAGGGAAAGCAACCCGGGACAAAGCAGCAACCUAGCCAGAAGCAACAAGAUACUGACUGGGUUGUUGGCACGUAG